AUGCCAGUGGUCGACCCCCAUCACCAACGAAGUCAAGCUGCGAGUCUACCUAUCCGCAAUUCGCCUAGGGUAUGCCACAAUGAAGAUCUCUACGCAGUAAUUGAUGUGGUAUACUCGCGGAUGACACAUGGAAGACAUCAACAUCUUGCACCGCCAUCGAAAGUGGCUAAAGUAAAUCGUCUUCGCUUCUUUGGUCAUAUAUUAAGGAGACCGGCACAUCGCCUUGUCCAACGAGUUCUGAAGAGUUCGUCGGGUUCGAGCUGGAAGAAGCCACCUGGCCGAAAACGGAAGUUCUGGACUGAGGUGGUAAAAGAGUACCUGAGGACACUUGGCGUGGAUAGGCAGUUCAGGCGAGACGUAAGGUUUCGCAGAACAUGGAAUAGCGACGAAUGGAUUGAUUCUGUGCAAGCUCUCGCAGAAGAUGGAGAAAGUUGGGCAGAGCUGUGUUCAAGGACGGCACACCUCGGCGAAGAUGCGGGUAAUCGCGUCAGGCCAUGA